UAUAAAUAUAGUGGCAUUAUCAGAACUUCCGCACUAAAAACAGUAUGAAUGAAAUUUCCCUUCAUGACUAUACAUUUCAAACUCCUUGGGUGGGAAUGCUGAUGGAAUAAAAAUGGCAGAAAAUACGCCUGAGAGUGAUCUGGGAAGUAUUGAAUGUUUUCAAAAUUAUACAGCGCCAGAAGUUUUUAUACAAGGUUUAGCCGGAAUUGUUGACCAGCAAGAUGUAGAAGCUAUGAUUAGAGCACAGAAACAAAUGUUACAGAGAUUUGAAAAGACGAAUGAAAUGUUAACCAACUGUAAUGCUCUUUCUGUAAAUCGCCUAAAAUCAGCCGGUGCAGAGUUUAAGAAGCAUACACAACUACUCUUAGAAAUGAAGAAAGAUUUAGACACCAUUUUUAGAAGAAUAAGAGUAAUGAAAACUAAAUUGGCAUCACAGUAUCCCCAAGCAUUUUCUGCAGUGACUGAGAAAGGCCAUAAUGCAGAGGAAGAAGAUGAAGCUGAUGCCAAAGCAGGGCCUAGCAAAACGAGGUCAUCAUCUGAAACAACCAGAGUGUCUACAAAUCUUGCAAGUGUAGGUUUACUAAAAGAAACUCGAUGUCAAAGGGAUAAAAGUAAUGAAGACCUAAGGGAAAAUCAUGAAGAAUUUGAAGAUGUUGGCACUGAUGAUAGACAUUACAUGAAAAGGGGGAACAGUUCAUCUACUGACAGUCCGAAUGGAAAUAGCAACAAUGAGUCUUCACCUUGCACUUCAGACACUGGAUGACAUGGUUAUCUGAAUCCUUCACUGAAAUAUAUUAAUGUAAACGUUACAGGAAUAUUUGUUAGACUGAAACUGUUUGAAACACAAGGACUGGCACAAACCUAAAUACUGCUCCAGGCAAUGAGAAAUUCUACUGCUGAACAACCCCCCCCCCCAAGUGAAAAAUAGAUUAACUUUUUAGAACUUUGUUACAGUUAAAAUGACAUAACUUCCCAAACACUGGGACAAAAACCAUCACUGGUGUCAAAAUCCCCAAAACAGUUCUAUUCACUUUGUAGCAUAAUGUGUUUAAAUUAUCACCAAUUAAUGACAAAGAAAAUGUAAAUUGUGUUACCCCAGGCAGUUGCUUGGUUUGCAUAUGCUGUUGUACUCACCAUGCAGCUCUUUGCCAGGUCCUUAAUUGGUCAGGUUGCAUAUUUGUAAGGAAAUACAUAUAAAGUAAAUAUUUUUCUCUUGGACUAUGAUAUAUCAGUAGUUUCAAUAAACUAGUUGUCUUAUAAUUCUUAUUUAUAAUUGUGAUGAGUUUAAAAACAAGCCUGUGAUAAUGAGAAUGUUUUUGAUUAUAUAAUAAAGUGUAGCUGUACAGUUAAAAUAGCUUUUUGUGUGUUAUAGUGAAUAGCACCUUAAUGAUGUUUUACUUCAUUUUCAUCAAAUAUAUAAGCACUCAAACACUGAAAAAAUAAAAAUUCCUUAGUGAUCUGUUUGUACAGCAAGUU